AUGCCCUCACAAUCAAAUCUGAGAGCUGCUCAGGCCGUUGUUCUUUCACGCCAGCGACUUCGCCGCGGUCUCAAUCGUGAUGCUGCCGGCCGCCGAAAGAAGCCACUGACUCUUCGUGCUGCUGAAGCUCGAUAUGCCGGCUCUGCUCGUGCAUCUAUCGGCCGCAUCUUCAAGAGACUUGAGGCUGCGAAUACCGUAGAUUAUGAGGAUGUUGUCGAUCCUAAGAUGGGGCGCCCGCGGCAACUCACGGAUGAGGAAGAAGAAGCUAUCGUGUGUUAUAUCAUCUGGAUGGAAAAGUCAGGCCUGCCUGCCUCCAAGUGGGAAAUAGAAGAUGCAGCACUUACUCUGCGGCGCCGCCGUGAUCCUGAUGCGAGACCUGUGAGCAAGAUGUGGUACUCUCGCUUCCGCGAUGAUCAUCCUGAGCUUGCGAAAUCGAUAUUGAAGUCGAGAGAAGCUUCGCGUGCCGAAUAUGAGGAAGGCGGCGUUGAUGAUACGAAGGAGUGGUUCCAACGCCUCAGCGAUGUGAUGACGAAGUACAAUAUCGGUGCAUCAGAGACCUGGAAUGCAGAUGAAGCAGGAGUUAGAGUCGGAAUGCUACGAGAUAAGAUGGAAUGCCUCGUUGUACGCACCAAGAAGAAGUCAGCAACAGAGUCGUUGCCAACGCUUGAGUGGGCGUUCAUUGAAGGCGAUCCUGAUAUGCGCUUCGCUCAGUCAGACUCGGCAUUCUCAAGUGCGGCGAUAACGCUCGAGUGGGCGAAGCACUUCAACCGAUGCUCGUGGGAGAAAUCUGCUACUGAUACAAAUAACCGCUUGGUUACUCACGAUAUGCCUCCCGCGGCGAGGCCUUAUGAUGAGGCUGUAUGGCGGCUGCUCGUUAUCGACGGCUUCACAGGCCACGGCUCAUUCGAAUUACGAGAAUAUAUGAUAAAGUUCAAUAUUCUCGUAGCAUUUCUUCCGCCUCAUUCAACGCAUAUACUCCAGCCGAUGGAUAAGAAGCUUCGUGAGGCGUUGCGGAAGGGAAAUCUUACCUUUGGCCGGCGUGCCUUUGCAGGAGCUUUUCAGGAGAUCUUUAAUGAAGGCUUCACUGCCGCUCACAUCAUCUCGGGCUUCCAAAAAACGGGCAUCUACCCUCCCACAGACCGACCUGCCAUAGAAUAUUUUCUCAGGAAGCAGCUCAAGAAGAAGAAGACCUUCACGCCUGCUCAUUUCUCACUUCUUCCCUUAGAUAUGCGAUUUCACGCCGCUUCCAGCACCGCCGAGACCAUCGGCGAGCGAUAUCACGAUAUCCUCAGUUCUCCUACGCUCGCAGGGCUCCGGCACAUUCGCAACAUCGUUCAUGAAGCUGUGGUGCUUGAGGAUGUUAUCAAAAAGUACGUGGAUGAUCGAAGAACUCGCAUCGAAAAGCGGUAUCACGAGAGAAAGCGAGGCCGCCGCGCAAAGACUGUCUCUGACCUUAUUCCUACAGUAUCGCUGCAAGAUCUGCGAGAUCAACAAGAGGAGGCUAUCGCCGACGAUAAGAAGAAGCAACAUAAGCAGGGUAUACGAUUAACACGAUCUGUCAUCAUCAAGGAGAUGAACCGCCUCAAGGAUGAGUGGCGAGAGAAUAAAGAAGUUAUCGUCAACGGCAUACCAAAGAGGCUGCAGUUCAAGCAGUGGUUGGAGCACACAGGGAAGCAAUAUGACUAUUUAUCUAUGGAUACACAGCGUUCACAAAUGACUCAAGCACUGAAAGAAGAGACUGACGGCUAUAUGAUAGAUACACAACUCCCUGAUGAUGUGCGUGAAGCUAUCCGCAAGGCACAGUAUGCCGCGAAGCCCCUCAGCGCCGUUGAUCUCACCGGCCUCCCUCACAGUGAUGAUACGGUCACUUUCAACCUCACACAAGCACACGAGCACGAGGAAAUGGAUGAAGAAGACGAGAUUCUUCCUGUAAUUGAAGUCGCCGGCGGCAGCGAAGUCGAGAUGCCCUCAUCGCCGCCCUGUGCACCUGACUCUGAGUCAUCACUACCUACACUUCCCUCAACUCCUUGUCCCUAUCAACACCACACGCAGCUUCAUGAGUCACUUCGUGAUAUCAUCAGGGGAAUAAGAACGGCACAAGAAGAUAGCCUUAUUGGCUAA